CUCUCUUUAUCGUUGUGGAACCGUUCUGUUUGAAUUUUUUGAUGUUAUUUCCUGUUGAAAAAAAAAUACAAUCAUUUCCUGAAAGAGAAAGAAGACAAACCCACGUUAUCUGAGCUCACAUCGACACAACCUCGAGAGAAAGAGGAAGGCAGCGAGCAUCGACUCAGAAAGGUUAGAGGUUAGAGCAGCUGCAGCGCUCGCUCUCGCUCUCGCUCUCGCUCACCAAAGCUCCUCUGAGCUGAGCUGCAGCAGAUCCUGGAAAAGUCCAGAAAAGAUCUGCUGGCUGCGGAGAAGUUGAUGAAGACGAGGAGAGUCGGGGGGGAAGAGUCGGCACCUGGAGGAGCAGAGCAGAAAGAGCUGGAGCCGAGGAGGUGAUGGAGAAGCUGACCGUCUACCACGGGCCCAUCGGCAAGGAGGAGGGAGAGCGGCGUCUGUCCAUGGACGGACGGGACGGAUGUUACCUCGUACGCAACAGUGACUCCGUGCCGGGCGUCUACUGUCUGUGUGUGCUCUGCCGCGGCUUCGUCUACACCUACAGACUCCACAAGGACGACGUCGGCUCCUGGGCUGCAGAAACUUCUCCCGGCGUUCCCAAACGAUAUUUCCGGAAAAUCGGGAACUUGAUAGCAGCGUUCCAGAAGCCGGAACAAGGAAUCGUCAUGCCGCUGCUCUACCCCGUCACCGCUCAAAAACGGGCGUAGACGGUCUGGUGGUUACGGUCUGGACCCCGGCCUCCAGGAGGAGCCGAGGAGCAAAGACUGGUGAACUCUGAAGGAUCAGGAUCUCAGGCCUGACUCCUGACUCCUCCCCCUCGUUAGUGAAAUACUUCCCUCCUGAUGAAGUAUCUCCCUCCCUCCGGGUCGUGGACGUCUCGGCACAGACUCGUGGCUCAGAGGAGUGACUCCUUCUCCGUCCGCUCACACAUUCAUCUCCAUCACUGCAUGCAUAAGUUGACAACAAAUAUUGUGCUCUGUUUCCUUAACGCAAUUGAGCUGUGCAAAAAGGCAGAGAGAAAUAAAUGAUAUCGUCUGAAA